AUGCUUUACAUGUUGUUUUGUCAUUUUCCGAAAGCAUUAAAAUUGAAACAAUUUGAAUAUGAUCCCGGCUUCAUGUAUGAUGUGUCACUACAAAUAGAGUCGGAAUUUAAUGGUGAAAUAAAGUCAAUAGUGCCUGCUGAACAUAAAAAGCAUAGACACAAGCAUCAACAUCACGACCAUGAGAGAUGUAAAGAGAGAAAAAGACGACGAAAGCGAAAAAUUCUGGUUCACAAUUUGGAUGACAAAAGUCUCAAGGUGAUCGAUCCUGAUUCUGAUGAACUUCCACAGCGUGCAAAGUUCACUAUCAUCGCAACUGCGUGUCUUCUUUUAAUAAUGUGUCUGCUUCUUGUCGGAAUAACACUCAGAAUGGCUCCAAUUAUUGAUGAUAUGGGAAGAAGAUAUUUGCAACCAUUAGGAGAAGGAUGUUGCGGGUAG